AUGACGCAGGAGCAAUCAAUCUUCGUCUCCGUGGAUCCAGCCAAGAAGCUGCUGAUGGGGGAAACGACACUGACGGUGGAAUGCAAGUCGACGCAGAGUCGCAAGCUCCGGCUGAAUUGCACGCGGCAGUGCCGCAUUGCGUCCAUCCACAUCGAGUCCAAGCCCGCACAGUUCAAGAUCACGGAUCCCAUGGAGGUCAUUCUUCCGCCUGACGCCAGCGAGGGGGAGGAGCUUCCAUCGUACGGAAAGAGCUGGCUGCGGCGCGUGGAGGUGGCUGGCGAGGGAGAGCUGGCUGUCGACGUGCCGGCGGAGGUGGUGGCACAGCUGGCGCAGGAGCAGGGGCAACUGGACAGGAAGAGGGCAGCGUGGGAGAGGAAAGCGCAGCUGGCGAAGGAGAAGGCAGAGAGGGAGGAGAGGGAGAGGGAGAAGCGCGAACAAGAGAAGGCAGAUGGGAUCGUGAUGCCGGAUGAAGGGGAUAAGCACCGUGAUACUGGUGCCAGUGCAACACAGGCAACAGACACAAGCAGCAAACAGGCGCAACCACAACCAGGCACAACCACAGCAGACACGGCUGCAGUAGCGAGUGGCGGCAGCCAUCAGCCCAGCGGAACACAGCACGAAGGUGGUCGUGACGGUUUGCAGGCAGAUGCAAGCGCAAGCACAAAGAAGAAUUGUGACACCACUGCCACCAACAACAGCGCCAACAACAGCAGUACCAGUGGCACUGAAGGUGAUGGCAAGAGUGCAGCAACGACGACAACUGCCAGUGCAGAGACGGGCGGUGGUGAUGGGAAGACCGGUGAGCCGACAGCAGUGACUUCUGCAAUGAAGAGUGAAGCGAGAGCAACAGUCGCGGAGGAGAAGAGGAGUGAUGAUGGUGUGAAACGUGGGGAGGACGUAAAAGGUAGUGAGCAGCAGCAGCAGCGGCAGGAAGCGGAAAGUGAGCAAGCACAGGAGCAAGACGCGAAGGUUGCUGUAAAGACGGAAGAGAAACCAACAGAAGAUGAUGUUGUGGACAAAACAACCACGCAGCAGCAACAGCAACAACAACAACAACAGCAGCAGCAGCAGCCAGGGGUCGAUGACGGGAAGCAACAGAUAGAAACGAGGCAGAAACGAGUGCUUCUGAUGGUGACACCAAGACAGAACACGGCAAGGAUGAUGGCAGCGAAGGGGCUGAUGACAGUGCACCUGCACGCCACCCGACAUUCACAAUCACAAUUCGCUUCCGUGUGCAGUCACCAACAGCUGGGCUCUGCUUCGCCAACAGCUGGGCUCUGCUUCUCAGAGGGCGAUGGCGAUGGUGGCCUGCCGCUGCAGGUGUUUACGCGCGGGUUUGGGGAGACGCGUGCGUGGCUGCCGUGUCUCGACGCGCCGCACCAGCGCGGAGAAUGGCGCAUAUCCAUCGCCGCUCCAAAACCGUUCAAGGCCGUCGCUUCCGGCAUCCUCGCUUCAGUCGGUGUUGCGGCAAAGAGUGGCCUGGUCGUGUACACAUAUGAACUUCAAGUCCCGACACCGGCGGCGUCCAUUGGAUUCGCAGUCGCGGAGAUGGAUGCAAUGACGCUGAGUGACGACAGCUUCCGCGCAUAUGCGCACCCGGCACUCAAGCGGCUUCUCGAGCCAACAACAGAAUGUUGCCCAACGAUAUCGGACGUGUAUGAGGACAUCUUUGACCUGUGUCCGUAUGAACACCACCACCUCGUCUUUCUCGACUGCUGCCAGCGUCUCCACUCCUUCGCUUGCCUCAGCAUCUUCCCGAGCGACACGUAUCUGACGGUUGGGCUGAGCGAGCUGCUUGUUGGCCGCUAUGUUGAGAAGGUGCAAGGGAGGAAUGAGGUGCGCUAUCUGCAGAAGGAGUGCCUUGAUUACAUCAAGCAGGAGCAUUUCAAGGACGAACUGCCCUUGCAUGACCCAUCGCGUAUGCAUUUGGCAGAGUACGACACGGCGUAUGUGCGGUGCAAGUCAUAUCUCGUCUUUGAGAUGAUGGAGCGGCGAAUUGGACGCGAAACAUUCAAGGGGGCCCUCAAACAUCUGAUCGAGCAAGCGCCGCUCGGCAAAACCGCACACUCGCAUCUCAUCGCCCAUCGCGCUUUCCUGGACCUCGUGAAGAAGCUGUGCAACAUCGACCUGGGAACGUUCAUGGCGACGUGGAUUGAGCAGCGCGACCUUGCUCGUCUGCGCUGCUGGUACAGUUUUUCCCAACAGGAGAAUAGUCUCGCUGUUGUCAUCAAGCAGGAGUACGGCGUCGUGUACAUGGAGGAGUUGGAGAUUUGUGUGCAGCGCAUCGACACGUUUGAAAUCAAGCGUGUGCGGCUGGAAGGAAUUACAACGCUCGACCACGACUCGAAGCUGCUGGCGUCCAUCACCGUUGAGCAGGAGCACUGGGCAUGGGGAUACCAGGCCAGGCUCGACCGACAAGCGCUUGCAGCGUGUGCUAACAUCGCUCACCGCCGAUAG